AUCAGUGACAGACCAGCCACUCUCAUAUCUGCGUCAGAGACAAAGGAGCAUGAAUGAUGUGCACCUCUGCUGAUUCAAGCAGCCUCACCACACAGCAUCUCUGAAAUCAAGGAGUCAGAAUGACGAGCCAGUCUCAGGGAAUCCAACAGCUUUUGCAGGCUGAAAAACGUGCCAAGGACAAGCUUGAGGAAGCCAAAAAAAGAAAGGGAAAGAGACUGAAACAAGCCAAAGAAGAAGCUACAGCAGAGAUUGACCACUACAGGCUACAAAGGGAAAAGGAUUUCAGACAUAAGCAGUCCAAUAUCAUGGGCUCUCAAGGGAACCUAUCGACAAAAAUAGAUGAAGAAACCACAGCAAAGAUCCGGGACCUCACUAGUAACUAUCAUAAGAACAUGGAGAGUGUGAUUGGACGCCUCUUGAACGAGGUGUAUCACAUCGACCCUGAACUCCACGCAAAUUAUGCAUACACCAUUUAAAUCCUUCCAUGGAAAAGUUUCCAAAGGAGCAAUGCCAUCCCUACUAUUUGGCAGAGUGUAUAUUUCCAAUUCAGGUGGCAGAUUUGCGGGUACCGUUCCAGGGCAGUGUGCUGUCAAUCAUUACAUUUUAAGCACUGGUGAGAAUUGGGCAGGAGCCAUUUGGAUUUUCUGCCUCUGACACCACAGCUGUCUUGAGCUGCCUUUGAUCAGAAAGCAUAAUUUCCCUUCCUUUAUUGUUUUCUGUUUUCCAUUGUGCAUGCGAUAUACACAAAAGCCCAAAGCAUGUAGAUGUUUCUAAGGCAUGUGAUGUGACCAGUUCCUGCAAGGUUUCACGCAAACAUUUGGUCGGAUGGAUUCUCCCCCAUCUUCUCCCCCACCACCCGUCCACACAUACCCUUUUUUUGGUAGCAAAGAAUGUGUCACUUAAAUAUGGGCAAUGGCAGAAUAAAGAAUUGUUUGACACCA